AUUUCGCUGAUUGAAGAGCGCGGGAGGUUUGAAUUUUUUUCUUUCAGUCUCCUUGGAAAUUUAGUCAAAGAAGAGAAAAUAAAAUGCAAAAUUAAUAGUCAAAGUAACCAUGGCAACCAACUCCCCCCUCACGCCGAGUCAGCGCCGGCUGCAGAAAGAGCUAAUGUCGAUGUUGAAGGACGCCCCCCCUGGGAUCACCGUGGAUACGGAAUUCAUCGCCUCGAAAAAUACGGGCUCUUCAAAUUGUAUAUUUUGGAGGUUGCAAAUCACCGGCCCCACCCCCUCGCUCUACGCGAAUGAGGAAUUUACCCUCAGUUUUAAGUUCUCUCAGAAAUACCCCUUCGAGUCCCCGGAGGUUAUCUUCACAGGGGACAACAUCCCCGUGCAUCCUCACAUCUAUUCCAACGGCCACAUCUGCCUGUCGAUUUUGACGGACGACUGGUCGCCGGCGCUGAGCGUGCAGAGCGUUUGUCUCAGCAUCGUGAGCAUGCUCGGGAGCGCGGUGGAGAAGAAACACCCCCCUGACGACGCAUUCUAUGUAAAAACAUGCUCGAAAAAUCCCAAGAAAACCCGGUGGUGGUAUCAUGAUGACAACGUUUGAGAAGAAGUGAUGUUUCCAUAGCAAUAUUUAUACAAAAAAUUUCUCAAUUUUAAAGACUGUGAUAUCUCAAAAUGCCCCGAAAAUAAUAAUAAAAUAAUGCAAGGCGGUUUAUUUAAAUUA